CCACAGCCAGAGGAAGAUGAGAAAAAGGAUGCUCUCAGUGACAAUCAGUCUAAGGGCAAGCGCCGACAAUCGCCCACUGGGGCCAGCCGCCAUGUCAAGAGACCCAAGCAGAUGACCUCGGCGGCCAGCUCGAGCAGUGCGGUUCGCCCUCGUCCCGCCACGGUGAAGAACGCGCCCGAGAGGAGCCCAGCAGAUCAAAGCCUUCCAGGGGGUGAGAUGACGGAGGUGCCCCUGUUUGAGAUCGGCAUGGCGCCUCGCAAAGGAGGGGAGAGGGCGCAGUCUGGCAGUCCGAGGCGGCGUGGUGGUGCAGGCGGUGGUGGUGGUCGUCAACAAGCCCACAGUAGUCCAAUCAUGCAGACGAGGUCGAGGGCCAGGGCUCGGAGGGGCCACUCGUCAGAUGAUAAUGAUGAAAACGACAUUGACGUCGAGGUGUGAAGUGAUAGCCCAAGGGAGUUGUCAUGGAGGCGUCGUUCUGAAACGGACCUUGCAAAGGUCUUUUCUAUGAGUUCCAAUGGUGGCUGGUUUCUGGCUGCCUUCAUGUUGGGGGCCGGGCAGGGACCGGCAAUUUGCGUUGUCAUGUCGCUUCCUUAUUGAUUUCUGAUGUCUCCUUGGGGGCCAUCCUCAGUUGAUGCAAACGAGAAACAUGUAUGAUUUUUGCCCUUCUCCAUGUGUGUCAGUCAUUGCAUGUCAUCGAUAUUAGCAUCUAUUUGGAUGAUCUAGCAAGGACGGGGCGAUGAAGAUUCAUACAUGAUCAGACAUCCCUUCCCUGGCAUAUUGAUCAUGCUGUCCAUUAGUCUAGAUCAUAUUUAUCAUAUAGCCCGACUUUGCAU